AUGGCUUUCACUGAUUAUUCUCACAGCGGCGAGAGCUCACGCCCCCCAAUCUAUUCGGAUACAAAUAUAAAGGACUCUUACCUGCAAGCAACUCUGCAACGAAUCGACCAGCUUUCCCAAGAUGUUGAGAUGCUCCCUCCUCCGUCAGAAUACGCAAUUUUUUUUGUCGUAGACACCAAUAUCCUUUUACAUCAUUUCGAUGUCCUGUCACAAUUCUUAGAGGACGUUGAACGUCUAUCCUUGCCUCUGGUGAUUGUCAUUCCAGGCGCCGUGAUCUUGGAACUGGAUGGGCAGAAGAAUAGGGACGGAUUGGCGUGGUUUGCACGUCGCGCUUCGUCAUGGCUUCUGGAUCGUAUAAAAGGAAGGAAAUCUGUCAGAGGUCAAGCGAACGGAGAAACCUGCAAAGCCUCGGGCAAAUGGAAAUCAAGAGAACCAAAUGACAUCGCUGACUCGGAGAUGAGAAACGAUAAUCUGAUUUUAGACUGUUGCUUGUACUUUCGUCGUGGGCGCCACACUUUCUUGUGCAGUGCGGACAACAAUUUGUGCCUCAGUGGCCACAGUGAAGGUAUUCCGACCAUCACACCGUCUCGGAAUUGGAACAGCAAGGAGAUCGCGCAACAAAUUUAUGGAAAUAGCUUGACUGUGAAGCGGUUUGGUUCAUACAGUGCCAGCUACAAAAAUGCACAAAAUGGAUCUGCUCCAACUACAUUUCACUCAACAGAAGUAGACGAAGAUAUGAUGAUGGUUGAUGACGACGCCGCAGAAUUAGUCCUGCAACCAAAUCAUGCUCUAGAUUUGCUUCAUCUACAGGUCAUUGAUCACUUUACGCGAUUGCUCGUUGACCUUAUCGGACGAGUAAGAGGCUUCGAUAUGGAUCGAUCUGGGGUGGCGAAAUCUUUGCACGCACCAAGACAUCAAACCCGAGAUGUGACGGAGUGGGACGCUGCGGAUUGCCUUGAAUAUUUGAAUGGGCAAAGAGGUGUGAAGGAGGUUACUCCGCAGGCAGGUCUAUUCCUCAGCAAGCCAUAUACGACACGAGGUGCGCGGCGAGGUCAAGACUGGUCUCGGAAGGAUUGGCAAGUUGCGUUGGAAAGCUUGGCUGAGACUAGCGCAGCAUGGGAAGACGUGUCUAUCCGGGAGUCUCUAUUCUUUCUUGGGCAUCAUGUAAAUGAAAUAUUUCUGUUGAAACUGCGGCCGACGUAG